AUGGUGGAGAGCGCUGCAGGCGUGGUCACUGUUCGAGAUGACGUCGGACGAGAGCAAGACGGUGGUAGAGGGAAAGGGGAUGAGAAAUGUGGUUUUAAUUCACGUGAUCCGAUGUGGUGCGACGGAGUAUUCCCAUUCAACUUGGCCCAAUGCCCAUUGCCAUUGACAAUAUUCUUUUUGAUCCCAGCCCUCAUGGCGUACUUCAUUAAUGGAGACAUCACGCAAAAGCGAUUUGCUCGCCUUCCACGGAUCCCCCAGCUAAACCUGCCUUACGUCGAACAGGCGAUAGCUUCUGCGCCAGUCUCCAGUGCUACGCCAUCCCUCACGGGAACUCGCUUCAAUGAUUCCCGUGGAGUGGGGUGUCUCGUCAAGGGCGACGUGGACAUAACCCAGGAGCUCGCUCACUUCUUGUCGGCCGUCCGAGACGAGAAGGCUUCUGAUAAAGCAAAGAUUAUUACCUUUCUGCAUAUUCCACUGACAAUUGCCGCCGACAAGUUUCAAUUGACGAAGGAGGUCAAGACCCAGGUCGGAAGAGGGCUGAAACAAUCUUUGCUGAGGCAGACCUCAAGCACAAAUACGAGCUCAUCAUCUUACAUCCUUUCAUUUUCGAAUGAGCCUCUUAGUGUCAUUAAUGAUACUGGGCAAACUGGAUCGGGUCUUCACACAGAAGACACCAUUGUUUUUACACCCUCAAUUGGCCACAAGUCAGCUUCCUUUAACAAGCUGAGCUUCUCGCAAGGACAUGGUGGUGAGGGGCUGUCGUUGGCAGAUCCAGACAUUUUUGAUGCUGUCUUUGGUGGUCAUGACUUCCUUGAUCUGCCAGAAAUCUACCAGGGUGGUGAAGACGAAGACUCCCCUCCACGACCUGCUAUACCGGACAUGCCUUUAGAUGAGAAGAUUGGGCUUUGGAUGGGUGGGCAGUCUGAGAAGGGAUCAGCCGUUUGA